GUUUUUUUUUUGUUUUUAAUCGUGCGAGACUUCGAUACGCAAGGCGAAAGUCGAACCCUAGUCACCUUCUCCAUCUCUCGCCACAGACAGAAUGAUAAGUUCAGUGUCAUGGGUCCCGAAAGGGGCUUCCAAAUCCGUGCCCGCUGUUGCUGAACUUCCUUCCAAGGAUGAAAUCGAAGAACUCAUAAAGAACGGCGCUUUCGAGAGAAGUGACGAUGCUGAGAGUAACGACAAUGAAGAAGAAAUGGGUUUUGUCGCCGAAGCUGAUAAACCCGGCGAUGGAGUUGCUCAGGCAUUAACUGUGGCAGAAGCACUUGGGAAAUCUUCAAAAACCAAAGCUUCUUCGACGAUGGAUGUGGAUGAUGUUGCUGAUGGGUUGAAGGAACUUGACAUGGAUAAUUACGAUGAAGAGGAUGAUGGAGUUGAGCUUUUCAGCACUGGGCUUGGGGAUCUUUAUUAUCCAAGUAAUGAGAUGGACCCAUAUUUGAAGAAUAACGAUGAGGAUGAUAAUGAUGAUGAUGAUGAUGAUUCAGAGGACCUCGAAGACUUGACCAUAAAGGCAAGCGAUUCAGUCAUUGUUUGUGCUAGGAACGAGGAUGAAGUCAGCCAUCUGGAGGUUUAUGUAUACGAGGAAUCGGGUGAUGGCACACCAAACAUGUUUGUACAUCAUGACAUAAUUCUCCCAGAAUUUCCUUUGUGUACUGCAUGGCUUGAUUGCCCUCUUAAAGGAGGAGAAAAAGGGAAUUUCAUAGCUAUUGGUUCAAUGGGACCCUCAAUAGAGAUAUGGGAUCUUGACAUUGUGGAUGAGGUGCUACCAUGUGUAGAAUUAGGCGGGAUAGUCGAGAAGAAGAAGAAGAGCAAGAAAAAGAAGAGUAAUAAAGCGACAUCAGUUAAGUACAAAGAUGGUAGCCAUACGGGAUCGGUGCUUGGUCUAGCUUGGAACAAGGAGUAUCGGAAUAUACUUGCUAGUGCCAGUGCUGACAAACAAGUUAAGAUUUGGGAUGUUGCUGCUGGCAUAUGUAACAUUACUUCAGAGCAUCAUACAGACAAGGUUCAAGCUGUGGCAUGGAACCAUUUUGCUCCACAAGUUCUUCUGAGUGGGUCAUUUGAUCACACCGUAGUAUUGAAAGAUGGGAGAAAUCCUUCACAUUCUGGUUUCAAGUGGUCUGUCAUGGCUGAAGUUGAAAGCUUGGCCUGGGAUCCACACACUGAACACUCCUUUGUGGUAAGUCUCAACGAUGGAACGGUAAAGGGUUUUGAUAUAAGAAGUGCACAAACAGGUUCAGCUUCUGAACUAAAACCGAGUUUCACUCUCCAUGCGCAUGACAAAGAAGUCACAUCUGUCUCGUACAAUCCUUCAGCACCUAAUCUUCUUGCGACUGGGUCGAUGGAUAAAAUGGUAAAACUUUGGGAUCUAUCCAACAACCAGCCUUCUUGCAUUGCUUCUCAGAACCCGAAAGCUGGAGCAGUUUUCUCAACAUCCUUCUGCCCAGACAGGCCAUUCUUGCUUGCCAUCGGUGGCUCAAAGGGGAAGCUACAAGUGUGGGAUACGCUGUCUGAUGCAAGUGUCUCGAGAAGAUAUAGGGGCAGCAGCUGAAAAAUAAGGAAAACUUGUGACAAGAAAAAGAACCAACCUGCCAUCUAAAUUUUGUAGUUAGUUUGAUAAUACCAAUGUAUUGAUGGUUUCUUACAGUAUGAUGGCUUAUGUCUCCGCCUUUCAUCUUCUUGAUUGUUUGGUUUCUUUCUUCUGUUGUGGUUGUGGCUCUUGCUUUUGGUGUAUUUACAGUUUUAUGUUACAUACGCAUUAAUGCGUUUGGAUUCUAUGCGUGGUGGAAGAUUUCCAUUUCAAUGUGAUAAUUUUUGCGCCA